AUGUCUAGCCAUUAUCCACGCGCGGCGAGUCGCGGAUAAUGGCGAACUUUGGUUGAUUCUGUGUUGUUGACGUUUACUCUUUGAAAGGUUAUGCUCUGAAGCUGACUGCCUGAUAUUCCAAAAUAAUGGAGACCAUAAAGCAUUUCGAAGAGAGGGUGAAGAUGUCGACCAGCAUGUACGCGGUCUACAAGCAAACCCAUCCUCCGACUGGCGUCGAGCAUUCCAUCUACUGCAACUUCUACAACUCCCGGGAGAGGAGUCUGGUCGUCGCCGGCUCUUCUGUACUCAAGGUUUUUCGGCUUGUGCCCGAGAAUGAUUAUGCAGAACAAAAGCACCGUGUCAAACUGGAGCACACGCACACAUUCAAUCUGUUUGGCAACGUCAUAUGCCUGCAAGCAGUGCGCCUCUCGGGUCCCCGAGACACCCUUCUGCUCUGCUUCAGAGAUGCCAAGUUGUCGAUGGUUGAGUAUGAUCCAAGCACUCAUGACUUGAAGACAGUGUGCAUCAAGACAUUUGAGAAAGAAGAAUUCAAGGGAGGCUAUGUGCAAAUGACCCAACUGCCAAUGAUUCGGGUGGACCCUUGCAACCGGUGCGCGGCGAUGUUGGUCUUUAGUCGCACCAUUGCCGUGGUGCCCUUUCGGAAGGACACGGCCGCCGAGGAGCAGGAGACAGGACCGACCUUUGGAAACAAACCACCUCUACUAGACUGGUAUCCAGUCGCACUGACCGAGCUGGAUGAGAAGAUCAACAACGUCAUCGACAUGCAGUUUCUGCAUGGCUACUACGAGCCCACCCUGCUGAUCCUGUACGAGCCCCUUCGCACCUGGCCUGGACGAGUGGCCAUCCGCCAGGACACCUGCUGCAUCCUGGCCCUGUCCCUGAACCUGCAGCAGCGGGUGCACCCGGUCAUCUGGUCCUGCACCGGCCUGCCCUUCGACUGCCUCCAGCUGCUGGCCGUCCCCAAGCCGCUCGGUGGAGUGUUAGUCAUGGCGGUCGACUCCCUGCUGUACCUGAACCAGAGUGUGCCCCCUUACGGAGUGUCGCUCAAUUCUUUCACCGACUUCAGUACUGCUUUUCCACUGAAGCCACAAGAAGGGGUGAAGAUUUCUCUGGACUGUGCCCAGGCGUGUUUUCUGAGCUAUGACAGGCUCGUGCUGUCCCUCAAAGGAGGUGAAUUGUACGUCCUGACCCUUUUCAACGAUGGCAUGAGGAGCGUCCGCAACUUCAACUUCGACAAGGCAGCGGCUAGUGUGCUCACCACGAGUAUGACACUUUGUGAGGAAGGCUACCUCUUUCUGGGAUCGAGGCUUGGGAAUUCGCUGCUGCUGCACUACACCGAGAAAGCUGCAGAAAUGGAAGAAGCUGGGAAGAAGGAAGACAAGGCUGAGGGAGAUGCGAACGACCCGCCAUCGAAGAAGAAAAGAAUGGAUGCCAUUGGCGACUGGAUGGCUAAAGAUGUGGCCCUUAUUGAUCCGGAUGAGUUGGAGGUGUAUGGCAGUGAGACCCUGGCCACAAAGCAGUUGACAUCGUACACUUUUGAGGUAUGCGACAGUCUCAUCAACAUUGGGCCCUGCGGGAAGAUCUGCAUGGGUGAGCCAGCAUUCCUGUCUGAGGAAUUCACGCAAAACAGUGACCCAGACCUCGAGCUAGUCACAACGGCAGGCUACGGAAAAAAUGGGGCUCUCUGCGUCCUGCAGCGGUCGGUGCGGCCUCAAGUGGUCACUACAUUCGAGCUUCCCGGCUGCGUUCAUAUGUGGACAGUCAUGGGACCUCCAACAGAGAAAAAGGAGAAGAAGGAAGCAUCUGAGGAAUCAGAUGAGCAAGCAGCAGACGCUACGCUCACCAACACCCAUGCAUUUCUCAUCUUGAGCAGAGCUGACAGCAGCAUGAUCCUGCAGACGGAUCAGGAGAUCAACGAGUUGGAUCACAGCGGCUUCAGCACACAGAACCCAACUGUAUUUGCUGGCAACCUCGGAGACGGCCGCUACGUGCUACAGGUGUGUCCCAUGGGGGUGCGUCUGCUGGAUGGCACCCGGCAGCUGCAGCACAUCCCCCUGGACGUGGGGUCCCCCAUUGUGGGGGGCUCCCUGGCGGACCCCCACGUGCUCAUCCGCUCGGAAGGGGGCCUGGUGGUACACCUCACCCUCAGGGGGGACCCAGCCUCGGGCUGCCGCCUGGCCGUCCUCAGGCCCCAGCUCACUGCCGUGAAAGCCAAGAUCCUGAGCAUCUGUGUGUACAAAGACACAAGCGGACUCUUCACGACCCAGUACCGAGAACCGGACGAACCGGUCAAGCCACAGAAGCCUCCUGCCCCUCCCAAGGAGUCUACCGACGCAUCCACAAACGGCGUGUUGGAUGAUGAGGAUGAACUGCUCUAUGGUGACUCGGAAGAUACACGAGCCACAAAGGAGCCUGUCCGUGUCGCUGCAUUGGAAACAGAAUCCGAGACAGCCAAUGUUUUCGAGCUGAAGGAGGUCAAGCCAACCUUUUGGGUGUUUGUGGCCAGGGAAAAUGGAGUCUUGGAGAUCUACUCUCUUCCCGACUACAAGCUCUGCUUCCUGGUGAAGAACUUCCCGAUGGGGCAGAGGGUCCUCGUGGAUUCUGUUCAAAUGACUGCACCUUCUGGCACCAAGUCUGAAAAGCUGUCUGACAUGUCCCAUGAAUGUAUGCCAGUUGUCCACGAGAUUUUGAUGGUUGGACUGGGUGUCAGGCAGUCACGUCCACUGCUGCUGGCCAGGGUGGACGAAGACUUGCUCAUCUACGAGGCAUUCCCUUUCUACGAGACGCAGAGGGAAGGACACCUUAAACUUCGCUUCAAAAAACUCAACCACGACAUCAUCCUGCGCUCCCGCAAGUACAAGACCCAGAAGCCAGAGAACGAAGAGGAAGAGAAGGCAUUCCAGAGUCGCCUCUGGCUGCAGCCGUUUUCUGACAUCUCCGGCUACUCGGGGGUGUUUCUCUGUGGACAUCGCCCUCAUUGGCUGUUCAUGAGCUCUCGAGGGGAGCUUCGCUAUCACCCCAUGUUUGUGGACGGCCCGGUCUACUGCUUUGCUCCAUUCCACAAUGUCAACUGUCCCAAGGGGUUUCUUCACUUCAAUAAGCAGGGGGAGCUGCGCAUCAGCACCCUGCCCACCCACCUGACGUACGAUGCCCCGUGGCCCGUGCGCAAGGUCCCGCUGCGGUGCACGCCCCACUUCGUCAACUACCACGUGGACAGCAAGACGUACUGCGUGGUCACCAGUCAGCCGGACCCCUGCAACCAGCUGGUGCGCUUCACUGGGGAUGAGAAGGAGUACGAACUACUCGAGAGGGCCGACUCGAGGUACAUCUUCCCGACGAUGGACAAGUUUUCGCUGCAGCUGCUGUCCCCCGUGAGCUGGGAGACGAUCCCCAACACCCGGGUGGACCUGGACGAAUGGGAGCACCUGACCUGUAUCAAGAAUGUGAUGCUGUCCUCGGAGGGCACCAGCACGGGCAUGAAGGGAUACCUGGCCCUGGGCACCAACUACUGCUACGGGGAGGACGUCACCAGCAGGGGACGGAUCACCAUCCUGGAUAUCAUUGACGUUGUUCCAGAGCCGGGGCAACCAUUGACCAAGAACAAAAUCAAGAUCGUUUACAGCAAAGAGCAGAAAGGACCCGUGACGGCGCUCUCUCAAGUCGUCGGGUUCCUCCUGAGUGCCAUAGGGCAAAAGGUAGGACGGAAGCGACUCACACUCUGCUUUCACACUCAGCAUCUGUGGAGGCCUUCACUUUUAUAUUAUGGUUGCGUGUUUCUCUUGCAGAUGUACAUCUGGCAGCUCAAGGACAACGGCCUGGUGGGAGUGGCAUUCAUCGACACUCAGAUCUACAUCCACUCAGUGGUGACGGUCAAGAACCUGAUUCUCGUGGGCGACGUCUUCAAGUCGGUGUCGCUGCUCCGCUACCAGGAGGCAUCCAGAACCCUCUCUCUUGUCAGCAGGGAUGUUCGGCCCUUAGAGGUUUUUGCCGUUGAGUUCUUCAUUGAUAACUCCCAGAUGAGCUUCUUAGUGACGGACUCUGAGCGCAACAUGAUCCUGUAUAUGUACCAGCCGGAGUCGAGGGAGAGCUGUGGGGGCCAGCGACUCCUCCGGCGAGGGGACUUUCACAUCGGCUCGCCCGUGGUCUCCAUGUUCCGCAUCAAGUGCCGCAUGGGGGAAGUGGCCAAGCACGACCGCCGCCUUGCAGCCAGCGUGGACGGCAGGCACAUCACCAUGCUCGCUACACUCGAUGGAAGCCUGGGCUAUGUGCUGCCAGUGCCGGAGAAGACGUAUAGGAGGCUGCUCAUGUUGCAGAAUGUGCUGGUCACCAACAUGCCACACUAUGCUGGCCUCAACCCUAAGGCUUUCAGGAUGUACCAUUCCCAGAGACGGGUUUUAGGGAACCCCCACAAGAACAUCCUGGAUGGGGAACUCAUCUGGAAGUUUAUGCAUUUGUCCUUCAUGGAGCGCAGUGAGCUCUCAAAGAAAAUAGGAACCACAGUCACUCAGAUCACGGAUGACCUGCUGGAGAUUGAGACCUACACUGCACACUUCUGAGCUUCCGAAGCCGUCGGCUUUGACCAAAGCUAAUGUACAUACUCAUGAUCAUGGCUCAUGAAUCAAGUGGAUCAUUAAAAAGUUAUGUGUGA